AUGUCUAUUCUAUUAGUCUGCUCCUCUCAAACCUACUCGCUCAAGACAUAUUCUGAAAGCACUUCAUCGCAGCAGACUUUUGCUCACGUGGAUUCGUGGUUCCGAGAUUGCAAAGUUAAUCAUGAGAAGUGCAGAGAAGUUGCCACUGAUCCAAAGUGGUAUCCAACGCGCCUCAUUGAUAUUGGUCCCUUGGAUACAUCGAGUUUUGUCUGCCGCAUUACCAACACUGGCGAUGAAACUCCUCAUGGCCCCUAUAUGACUUUAAGUCAUUGCUGGGGAAGCGCAAACAGUCUCAUUCUGACCAAGAGCAACGCCGCCGAGCUUUUGGAAGGCAUUCCUCUAGAGAGCCUACCACGUCUUUAUCGAGAUGCAGCUUGUUUUGUUCGGAAACUUGGUUUCAAAUUCCCUAUUUACAGGCGGGACGUCGAUUCUUGCCGACCACCACUUAACCACUACACCUUCGGAGGUCAGACAAAUCCAUGUUAUCUGGUCGAUGCGAAUUUCUGGGAGGAGGAGGCCAGGCGAGCCCAUGUCAACACCAGGGCAUGGGUAUUUCAAAAACUCCUUGUUUCUCGGCGUGUUGUGUCUUUCGGCGAGCGUCAGGUGUUUUGGAGUUGCCGGUCAGGUCGUGCGGCGGAGAUAUGGCCCCCGGAUAUUCCUGUCAAGGAUCCCUACGAAGGUCCGCGUAUCGAGGAUCUUCAGCUUGGCGACAACGGAGCCCGCGGAAAGACGAAAAGCACACGAAAAGCAUACGAUUGCUGGUCCGAAAUCGUAGUCACAUACACUGACUGCAAGAUCACGUUCCCCAGCGACAGAAUGAUUGCUCUCUUUGCAAUAGCUAAGGAGAUGAUAAAGGUGCUCGGAGAUGAACACAUCGCAGGCAUGUGGCGUCGCCAUCUAGAAUCGAAGCUCCUUUGGAGAGUGCCUGCUGUGUCUACUCCUUCUGGCUCACCGCCUAUCGCCUAUUCGCCUAUAGGGCUCCCAGUUAGUCUUGGGCCGCCGUAG